GCAGUGAGAGGAGAAAGUGGCGUGGUCUUACUUCAGGAGGGCAAAGUGCUCCCUUGUUUUCCUGAGUUCGGGGAGACCAAGUCGAAGUCGCCCUGCCCUGCCCUGCCCCGCUGCUGACCGGCUGCGUGCGAGAGGUUUCGAGAUCCGCCUCCCACACCGCUCGGUCUUUGUAACCGCCGGAUGGAAACCGCCCUCUUCCUUGCUCAAUCGGCCUUUCCGGCGGUCAGGAGGGACGCGCGGGCCCUCUUUUCGGCGGCUGGGCGGCGGCCUAGGGUGUCGGCGAUCCCCCUGGUCGUGUCGGCCCUGGAGAAGGGCCCUGGGGCUCCGGGAAACGCCGCGAAGAUGAGCGGCGCUGGUGGGGUGCCGAACUCCAACUAUGUGGUGCCUCUCGACCUGCCGCCCUCCUUCUGUCGCCCGCUCAAGGAGAUCCUCCGGGACCUCAACAAGAGAGUGCCUGACAACAUCAUCAACCGCGACGACAAUUCCAUUCCUUGGUACCAUGCUAAUAGAAUGCUUAGCUUCUAUGCCCCAGGCUGGUGUGGCGAAGUUCGUGAUGUUAUAUUCUCAGAAGGAAAUGUGACUGUGGUGUACCGCAUCACUGUACGGGGAUUGGAUGGCGAGGCACACCGUGACUCUACUGGGACUGUUUCGCUGAACGACGAGAAGUUUAAGGACCCGGUUGCUGCAGCCGAAGAACUAGCCUUCUGCAAGGCCUGCGCUCGGUUUGGGUUCGGUUUGUAUCUCCACCACGAAGACGAGACUAUGUAGGAUAUGUUAUGGUGUAUGGUUCUGUUUGUAUUCGAUAUGCAAUCUAGCUACUUGUUUAUUUACGUUGAGGUGCCCAUCCUUGGAUCUUGCAGUUUCUGUGUUAUAUACGGUGAGAUGUAAAUAUCACAGUCAACUGGUGCGUAACGUGCUAAAUUAUAUGUUACAGUUUCAGAAUUAA